ACGUGACAUUAUUUAGGGCAAUUUUAAAGUCAAAAUGGCCGUAGAUUUCAAAAAUUACUCCGUACAAGAAUUGAAAAGUUACCUACAGUCUAGGCUUAUUGCUGCAACUAAAUUCAAUAAAAGGAAACUGAUUGAACUUGCAGAAUACGCACACGAUCUCAAAUUGGAAGUUAUUGAAGAAGAUGACUAUAAAGAUUUGUGUAAAGAGCGGCGACGAAUUUAAACAAAAGAAGGACAGUCUCAUUAUGUAAUAGAUGUGACGGAGGUACAGGAUUGGACAGCUGAUCUCAGAGGAGUGCCUAGUGUUGAAACUGGAGAUAUAAUGAUAUAUUUGCUCAGUACUUGUCAGUGGUCAGACGAUAGACUGCGUGAUUAUAAACAAGACAAUGGUUAUAAGUUGUUUAUGUGCAAUCACAUUUCAGACGUCAAGAUGUACAAAACUGAUACUUUGGGCUACAUGUAUGUUCAUGCCAAUUGUAUUCCAGAAACCAGACAGAGUGCUGAUCGCUAUAAUACAUGGGUACUGAUGGAUUCCACAGGAUAUUUGAAGUCUGGAGGAUGUACUUGUGUGGCAGAUGAUGGUAGUUGUAAACAUGUGGUAGCCUUAUUGUUUGCAUUAAGUUAUUUUGUUUCACGGCAUACUGAUCGCCAUACUUUGGUUGGCACUGAUACCAUUUGUGCAUGGGACAAGCCAAAACAGGAGACCAGACCAUCAAAAAUUGCUGAAUUGGAAUACUUUAGCAAGAAAUCAGACAUGAAGCAUACAUUUAAUCCUGUAAAACAGAGAGAGACACAUGCAUCCAAAAGAGACCUUCAACUCAAGGUUUAUGAUCUAUGCAAAGGCUCAUCUGCAGGUUUUUUGAAAUUAGUAGAUCCUCCAUCCGAUGAAAGUGAAAGUGACGAGGAGACCCCUGAAUAUUUUUCCGACAUGUUAAGAGGAUUUAGUGACAGUGAUGACAUUAUGGAAUAUUUACACAACAAACAUGACAACACAUAUAUUUAUAAUGUAGAGCAAGGUACAAUUGGACAGAGAGAUAACCCUGAAUGGCAAAAACAUAGAAAGUGUAGAAUAACUGCAUCCGUAAUUUCUAAUAUUAUGAAAUGUAACUUCGAUCAACUAAGUUCAAAUCAUUACUUGGUAAAAAACUGUCUUGGAACAUCAAUAUCUUUCCGCUCAGAUGCAACAGAAUUUGGAAUUAAGAUGGAAAAGGUUGCAAAAACACAAUACUUUGACAUGUUUAAAGCUCAACACAAGAAAUGCAGCUUUAAAGAAUGUGGUUUAUUUGUGUCAAAAGCAAGCCCAUUCUUAGGUGCUAGUCCUGAUGGUGUUGUUAAGUGUAAAUGCUGUGGUACACGUCUUGUGGAAAUUAAAUGUACAUUUAAAUAUGCUGACAAAACGCCAAUGGAAGUGGCUAAUUUACAAACUUAUCAUGUUCAAAACAUAAAUGGUGAAAUUAAACUUAAACCGUCUUCACCAUGGUACUACCAGAUUCAAACACAACUAGGAGUGUGUGGCAGGGACAUUUGUGAUUUUGUUUUGUUUACUUCAAAAGCUAUUUCAGUUGAGACUGUUAAGUUUGAUCCUGAUUUUUACAAGCAGAUUGUGGACAGAUCUCAUGCAUUCUUUGACAUUGUAUUUCAAAAUUAUUUUAAUUGAAUAAUGAUCAUGCAUUAAACUCAAUAUGCUUCUUUA